GUUACACAAGACAACCGAGGGGCGUUAACAAACCCCUGAACCAUGCUGACUCCUCAGGCUUCCAUCUAUGUAAUAGUAAACAUAUGAAGCACAUGGUGGACAGCAGACCAGUGUGGGAACGAGGGAGAGGGUCAACGGCACGGACGAUUCUAGUUUUCGAAACUAUUCCGGAGUGCACUUUCUCUGAAGCCAUGAUUAUUUGCUGAGAUUAUACAUAUAGGGAAAUUCUACAUGGCUGAUUUUGAACCUCAAAUGAUUUAGACCACAUAUUUUGGAACCUACAAGCAUGGCCUAUUCAUCCCUUGAGCACCUUCCGUUCAAAGACCAGGAACUCCCAGGCCAAAUGUUGUGCCAACUGAACUGCCUCAGGCACGAGCGGAUCCUCACCGACAUGCUCCUCUGCACCGAAGACCUGGAGAUCCCAUGCCACAGAAACAUUCUUGUUUCGAGCAGUCCUUACUUCCGCGCCAUGUUCUGCAGCAACUUUCGUGAGAGUGGCCAGACUAGAGUGGACCUGAAAGGCAUCAGCUCAGUGAUCUUGAAUGGCAUUGUAGACUACAUCUACACUGGAACCAUUACUAUAAGCAUGGAAAUAGUUCUUCCUCUGAUGCAAGCUGCUUCCAUGUUGCAGUACCCAAGGCUUUUCGAGGCCUGCUCGGCAUUCUUGCAGGAGCAGCUGAACCCUGACAACUGCUUGAGCAUGAUCCGGCUCUCUGAGAUCCUCCACUGUGAGAGCUUGAGAGAGCGGGCGAAGGAGAUGGCUGUGCGCAGUUUCUCCGACGUGGCCGCCUCGGAGGACUUCUGCGAGCUCUCACUGCCCGAGCUAAUGUGCUACCUGGAGGAUGACCGGCUUUGUGCCGAGGAAGAGCAAGUGUUCGAAACUCUCUUGGCCUGGAUCCAUCACGAUCCUUUUUCUAGGCGAGGUGCCAUCCAUGAUCUGUUUAAAAAGGUGCGCUUGAGGUACAUCCAUCCCACAUACCUCUUCCAGUUCAUAGCCAACGAUCCACUCGUGCAGUCCUCGACGCUUUGCACAGAGAUCAUUGAAUCGGUGCGACGGCUGAUGUUUUCCGUGAGCGCCAAAUGCACACGUGAGCUAAAGCCUCUCUGGACCACACCUCGACGUUAUACCUGCCGAGAGACUUUAGUGGUUGUCGGGGGUCGCAAGAACAACGAGCAGACGUCCCGGGAGGCUCUGCUCUACGAUGAGCGUACUCAGCGCUGGCAGUGGCUGGCCAAGUUGCCUUUGCGCUUGUACAAAGCUUCUUACGUCUGCAUACACAGUAUUCUGUAUGUCGUCGGCGGUCUCAGCCUCAGCAUGGCAUCAGGAGAUAGCACAGUCAGUGCCACGGUUUAUACCCUCUCACUCAAGACCAACCAAUGGAGGACGGCCGAGCCUAUGCUUGAACCACGUUACGCCCAUCAGAGCGUGUCUUACUUGCACUUCAUCUUCGUCCUUGGAGGCAUAGGUGCUGAUAAACAGAUCUCGAACACGGUGGAACGCUACAACAGCAUGUUCAACAAAUGGGAACCCAUGGCCCCAAUGCCUACAGCAGUGCUCCAUCCUGCAGUGGCUGCCAAUGACCAGAGGAUCUAUGUGUUUGGAGGGGAGGACUCCAUGCAGAAUCCGGUCAGGUCGAUACAGGUUUAUCACAUUUCACGCAACCAGUGGAUGAGGAUGGAGACCAGGACGGUGAAGAAUGUCUGCGCACCUGCUGCGAUCAUAGAAGACAAGAUUUACAUCAUCGGAGGGUACACGAGAAGAGUGAUCGCUUACGACACCAAAGCCAACAAGUUUGUGAAAUGUGAGAACAUGAGGGAACGGAGGAUGCAUCACUCGGCCACUGUGAUCAACAACAAGCUGUACGUGACAGGAGGACGCUUCCUAAACAGCCACGACGUCAUCGAGGACUCGGACUGCUUCGAGUGCUACGACCCGAAAACCGAUGUUUGGACAUCUAAAGGGUCGAUUCCGUACAAGCUUUUUGAUCACGGCUCUCUGGCCCUGGUUUGUGUCUCCAAUCGACCCAAUCCUCCAUGACCCGAUCUAACAUCUGGUUGGUUCUCUGUCCAGGAAAUAUUUCAUUGACAGGACCACAAUGGAGACCAUCUGAGGAAGCAAAGGUUGCACUCCAACCUCACAUCAUGCAGUCUUCCAGAAUGGAUAUGUGGAAGCUUUUUCAGAAGAGCUCUGGAAAUGUUCUCAGGAGACCGGAUUACAAACUGUGCAAUCUUUGUCCCGAACUCACGUCGAGUCGGUGUUCUCCAGAAAAACAUUCAGAAUCUGCAAACACAGGAUGUUAGGACACUGGAGUGUAUUGUAGUCAAACUGCAUCCCAUUUGAAGUCACUUUAUGAAGAUACAUUCCUCUAGAACUAAACGGAAACCCAUAACCAGCUCCAAUGCGAAUAAUUUGACUGAAUAAAAAUUGCUGAUAUGCUGCACUCGUGUUGUUCUCGCAUGCCUUCGGUUCGACUGCGAAACUUUGUUUACUCGGUAAAGCCUCGUCUUCUACAUUGAAGUUUGCUGAAAAAGUCACAAAAACGCACUAAACCAUCUGAAGAUAUUUAUUGAUAUGACUUGAAUUCUUUUUUUUCCUUUUUUUCGUGCUGCUUUUGAUGAGAAAUGUUUACUGCAUGUCCGAAAACCUAACCAUAGGGUUACAAUGAAAUCAAGAAAAUGUAGAUUUCUUUUUUUUUUUAUACACAGAAUAAUAUUGUUAUGGUCCUGCUUUUCCUGACCCGUCGAUCAUCAACAGCAUGAGCUUCUCAGCAGUUUCAGCUACAGGAGCUCGUCUGUUGGAUCACACUGACCAGCCUUCGUUCCUCACCUGCAUCAAUGAGCCUCGGCCGCCUAUGACCCUGUCGCCGGUUCACCACUGUUCCUUCCUUGGAGCAAUUUAGAUACAGACCACUGCAGAUCAGGAACAUCCUACAAGAGCUGCAGUUUUGGAGACGCUCUGACCCAGCCGUCUAGACGUCACAAAUUGCUCAAAUCCUUACGUUUGCCCAAAAUGUUCACUUGCUGCCUGAUAAAUAAAUCCACCAACUAACAGGUGCCAUGAUGAGAUAAUCAACAUUAAGAGAUAAUCAACGUUAUUUACUUCACCGCUCAAAAUGUUCUAAUGUCUUAACGUUACGCCUGAUCUGUGUGUAUUUACAACCUUCAACCAAGUUCAUCUUAACUCAGUUCUCUGUCUGUAUGGUGAGACUGCAAAUGAAACAAGGGAAAAAAAAGCAUCAUAUUUCAGAUUUACUCUCCGUUUGCUCUUACGAUAAGCUCCACUUAUCUGAGAAGAUGUUCCACUAGAUUUAGUGGAGAUUCAUUCAGCCAAGUAGGAAAGUCAGGUACUGAUGAAAGGUGGGAAGGUGAGUGUUCUAUAGCAGGAGAUCUGCCAUGACGUCUAACCCAUAUGUCCAAGCAUAUCUUCAUGGAGUUCGCUUUGUGCACGUUGUGUCAUGUUGAAACUCGUUCAGAUCCCCAAGUUCAUAUAAAGAGAACAUUUCUUGCUCCCACAUCUAAAGACCUUUUACACAAUUUUGUUCAUCCUACCAAAAAAGCUUGGGGAAUGGAAGAAGAACUCAUGAGCUUAGGACACACUGAUCUUCUGGAGUCAAUAAGCAAUAAGUGGCUGCAAAGAUGUUUUCCAUCUCCUGCUCUUUAGGAACAAUGCUCUGUCAGACUCUAUGGUUGUAGAGGAGUGUUCUGUCCAAGGUCCUGCAAAUGUAGUUAUAACCAGGAUGAAGAAACUUUACGGCAUUUGGAUGACAGCUUGAAAAAAAGUUACCCAUAAAGACAAACAUGUGCUUUAUACUUGUCACAUGUACUUUACAGCACAGUGAAAUUCUUCCUUUGCAUAUCCUACUGAUGUUAGAAGGCUGGGGUCAGAGUCCAGGGUCAGCCAUGUCAAGGGCCUUGCUCAAGGGCCCCAAGCCUGGCAGCUUGGCUGAUAAGUAACCCAGAGCCUUAUCCACUGUGUUAGCACCUCAAUAUAUAUUAUAUAUAAUCAUGUAUUAGAUGUUUUUGGUUUGGAUGGUUGAUUAA